AGCUCCAUAACAAUCACCCCGCCUGCUGCCCGCAACACCGCUUCUUCGAGGGUCACGUUCCCCAUAUUCACUUUCAACUCAACAUUGCGCACUUCAGCAACAUGGCCGCCCACCAACAUACUACCUCACCGCGUACUGUGACACCAAGCGCUGGAAGCAGGACAAUACAGAUCCGUCCUCAGCCCGUCCUGCGCCUGUCUGCUCCAUCAGGCGUGCUCCGUCUGCGAGCAGAGCCCACCGAGCGACGACAUAUCCAGUGGGCAGAGGAUGUGGUUGACAACGAAGGCAUGGGCAAGAAGUCGUCCAAAGUCUGUUGCAUCUAUCACAAACCUCGCGCUGUGGAUGAGUCUUCCGACGACGACUCUUCAGAUUCCUCUUCAUCAGACUCGGACUCAGAUUCCGAACCUGACAACAGUACCGCCAGGCCCGCCGGCAGGAUUGGUGCCGCGCGGGGAAGGCGGCCGCACCAGCACGACCACGACGGAUGCGCAGAAAAUCGUGGAUGUAAUGAGGGCUCGGGCCAGCCACAAAAAACAAAGAGGCAGCGGAGGAAGCCCAGCCCGAAUGCUUACGAAAAGAUGCCGAAGCAGAAGAAGUAGACUGUUACAGCGCCUCAAUUGAUGCGCUCACGGUGCUGCACCUGGCUUCGGCGCAUACGAACUGAACACGAUUUUCAUUGUUUCUGCGGGGUUUGUUUUCGCGCGGAGUUUUGGCAUGUCCGAUCGGUAUAAUCUGAUUGAGACUGCGUUAUUGCAUAGCAUGGGACAUUGGACUUGGAAGUCUGUAAAACUUGGAUGCUAGAUUGUAGACGCAUCACGG